UUGUGGACGUUUACUUUGGAUGAGUUUGGGGCACCAGGGCUGGUGGUUGGUGUGUCUGUAGACGGAACUCAAGUAUGGUGUGAAGGACUUGGUUACGCUGACUUGGAGAAUCGUGUGCCCUGUGGCCCGGAGACAGUUCUGAGGAUUGCCAGCAUCAGUAAACCCUUAACCACAUUAGCAGCAGCCCGCCUGUGGGAGGAGGGGAAGCUGGACCUUGAUGCAAAUGUCCGGAAAUACGUCCCUGAGUUCCCCCAAAAACAGUUUGAAGGAGAAGACGUGACUAUAACCUCGCGGAUGAUUCUCUCUCACCUGAGUGGCAUACGGCACUAUGAAAAGGACGCCAAGAAGGUGAGGGAGGACAGGGAGAAGGCUAAACGACCUUUGAAACUUCCUGGUAAAGACAAAAAUAACUCUGAAAACAAAGAGAAUAUCAAGACAGAGGACAAUAACACCAAGAGCAAGGAAGCCAAACAGGGCCUGAAGAAAAAUGAGUUUAAUCAAGAGGAGUACUACCUGAAAGACAACUUUGACAGUGUCAUUCACGCCUUGGAUCUUUUCAAAAAUGACAGUCUCAUUUUCAAACCUGGCACUACUUUCUUGUACUCGACCCAUGCCUUCACCCUCCUCAGUGCUGUGGUGGAGAGAGCAGCAGGCCAGCGCUUUCUGGACCACAUGAUGAUGAUGUUCAGGCAGUUGGGCAUGCUUAACACUGUACCAGACGAGAAUGACCCUAUCAUCUAUAACCGCUCAAGGUUUUAUCAUUUUAAUAAGAAAGGACGCAUAGUAAACUGCCCUUAUGUGGAUAAUUCUUAUAAGUGGGCAGGAGGCGGAUUUCUAUCCACUGUGGGAGACCUACUACUUUUUGGGAAUGCUCUGCUCUACAGCUACCAAGUGGCACACCUAAAGGACAGCACAGACCUUCUGCCUGGCUUCCUCAAACCAGAGACCGCCCAAGCUCUAUGGGCACCUGUGGACAAGACCGAAGCCUCUUGGGAUAAGGAUGGGCUAUAUGCACAGGGUUGGCUGGUGGUAGAGAAGGAGCAGAAGUAUGGCCAGUGCAGGAGCCGUAGACACUAUGUCUCCCACACAGGAGGGGCUGUGGGGGCCAGCAGUGUCCUACUGGUGUUGCCCAGUGGAACAGCCCAGCAUCCCCAAGGACAGACAGCAGGCCUGCCUCAGGGAGUAGUGGUGACCAUCAUUACAAACAUGCAAUCUGUGGGACUCAACAGCACAGCAUUGAAGAUUGCCCAUGAGUUUGACAAGGCCAGAGGCUGCUAAUGAAGGCUAAUAUUAUUUACAAACAUAGACGCUUAAAACUACUACACAUUGUUUCCAAUGGAAGAAUGAUUUUUGAAAUGCGCCUAUUUUUUUAUUUCAUACUGCUUUUGUAUGCCUCUUUUGCUGAGUAAUAAAAUGUAAUGUUCCAUGGUUUGAGUAAUAUGUCAAUAUUUUUGUACUACCACUUUUGUUAGAACUUUUAAUACAUUUUUAUGCAACAGGAAUUAUCCCGUAUGUCCAACUGACAGACUAUGAAUUUUGCCACACGGUGGCAGUAAAAUACUGCUGGCUAUAAAUUUGAAACUGACUUCUGAAAUCAGUCUUUUUAAUAUAGUACCUCUUGUUUGAUCAACUUUUUUCUCUGCUUUGGUAUACAAAUUGUUGGUCAUUGUAGGUAGUGAGAACAUGGCAUACUCUAGUCAACAGUUUGCUUUUGGUGAGUGUUAUUUGUCUGUUAAAAUGGUUGGUGCCAUCUGACUCAAAAUUGAAAACAAAAUGAAAGAUUGUAAAAAAAAUAAAACGUAUUUCUGACUUGUGUUUCUCA